AUGGCCAUCGCGCCCAGCAACAGCGACGACCCGUACGACAUCGAGCGGCUCGCCAAGGAGAUCGAGGAUGUGCCGCUCAACGACGCCGCCGCGCCUCCUUUACCCGACUUCACCCCGCUCGAGGCCGACACCGCGCUGUUGACGGACACGGACGACGUCUACGACAUCGACGCGUUUCUUCUGUCGCGUUUCGAGUUUUCCUCUCUUUCCGAGCUCCGCUCAGAGCUGCGGGACUUCCUCGCACAUCUGAAAGAUAGCCUCGUGCAGCUCAUCAAUGACGACUACGAAGCGUUCAUCUCGCUCAGUACGGAUCUGCAGGCGGAGGGUGCGCGCCUCGAACGGCUCAAGACACCACUGGGCGAUAUCAAGGCGCAAGUGCUGAUGUCACGUGAUGAGCUGCAGACGUUACAGGACGAGAUCGAAGCCAAACUGCAGAAACGUGCUGCAUUACGAGAAGAGAAGGCAUUCCUCCGCCAAUUGAUCAGUAUAUCAGAAUCUGUGACGCGCCUAGAAAGCCUACUCCAUAUUACGCCUUCCGAGGACGCUGGCUCUUCUCCGACCAUACGACCUGCCGCUCUUGCCCCCGAGGAUGAAAGAGGCAGCUCACGCGCCAAGCACCUGUCGCGCGUCGCCGCAGAAUAUACGCAACUCCUGUACCACGUUUCGAAGACCGCCUCCAGUGCCUUCAUAGACGAACUUCGAUGGCGCAUUGACCGGAUCUCCUCGACGCUCUCUUCUGACCUCGAUCGUCUCUUUUCCGCCACCCUCAACUCCCUCAUCAAUGACCCAUCGGACGCGAAGAAGCACAAGGCUAGAGCGACGGAAGCCGACAGAGCGCGUUGGUUAGCCGACCUCAAUGAAUGUCUCAGGACAUAUGACGCGCUUGGACUGUGGAGAGAUGCCGAGGACGUGCUGAGGAGAGAGGUGAUGCGGCCAUUUGUCAAGAAGACGAUCUUUCCAGCGGCCCUCUCCGCUCCGCUCUCCCCGCUUGUUCCACACACGCCCUUCCUGCCCUCCAGCAAAGCUCCUCAAAUGCAGUCGCAAACACCGUAUACCGCUUCCUUUCCUCCACGUACACCAUACACCCCAUACACUGCCUUCGCGUCCAAGCAAAAUCCAUUCGACCAGACGUUUGGCGCGGCGACUUCAUCCGCGCAUGCGGGUCUAGGCACCGCGCACUUACUGGACGACAGCGAAGACGCCCUCGCGGCGUUGUACAAUGCGGUGCUGAAGUUCGUGGAUCGGGAUCUACGACGCGUGAUGGAGAGUGCAGAGCGGAUUUCGGUUGCAAGCGGAAAGCGACCAAAACCACCUCUGGCCGGGUUGACGCUGGAGACCACAUACCAGAAUGGAAGCAACAAAAAGGAGAGCGAAACCUUUGAGAUCAUGGCCAACGUCGUUUGGGCCGAGAUUGGAAGAGCAAUCAUGGACGAGCUGGGCAGCGUUGCAUUCAGCGUGGGCAAUGCUGACACGUUCCGCAAGCACUAUGAAACAACCCAAGCGUUCCUUCGGUCACUCGAAUUUCUUGCGCCCUCGGUGCACUCCGUCGAAGCCAUGCGCUCACACCCGGUUUACAAGACAUUUGAAAGGCGGUGGCAGCUCCCGGCUUAUAUGCACAUUAGGAAACGAGCGAUUGUCGGUAAGCUGGAGGAGGCAUUAAGCGAACCGGUGGACGUGAGGGCCAAGAGUAACGGCCACUCAUUUGUCACUCCCCAAGCCAACGCAACAUGGGUUGCAAUCACGAGCUGCUGGAGCGCGGAGGUGUUCAUACCAGACAUCAGUGCAAGCCUGUGGAAAUUUACAUUGCAGCUGUUAUAUCGGUACAAAACAUGGGUAGAGAGUAGCAUGUCACCUUUCGAGCCGACGCUCAAGUUCGCCGCUGUCGUAAGUGGUGACAAGGGUCCUGGAUCGCCUGCUGGCCUCACACGCUCUGCUACGCCAUCUACCCCGAUGGAUGGCACAUCCUCCGGCGAAACGUCUGCGCCUGAUAAGACGCGAUUGCGCGACUUCGCAUCGGCAAUCACGGAUAUUCGAGUCAUGGAGCAACAGAUUUGGACGCUCUGGCAGCAGGAGAUUAGUAUGAUGUUGCCGGACAUAGAUCGCAACGAGGAGGGAGUCGAGGAUGCCCCCGGUCCAGAAGAGUCGUUGCGCCAGAUGCUCGAAACCCUAACAUCACUCAUCCCUCCCAUGGUUGGACAAAUAACGACAACGCUGAGCAAGCAAGCAUGCGAUGCUGUUGCGGCUGUGAAGGGCAUUCCCGCACAGGUGCGCAUGUCCCAGAACCGCAAGCCGCCUACGGACCCGAGCCCAUUCGUAACAACGAUACUGCGCCCCGUGAAAGCGUUCUUCGCGGUUGAUGGCCCCGGGGAGGCGCUUAAGGACUCUUAUUUGAGAGAGGUCACAGAAGAAGUCUUUGAUCAUGCCCUAGCGAGGUAUACUUCAUACGUGUCGCAGUGGAAAAAGACCGAAGAAUCCCUGCGGAGACUGCAGCGUGGCCAAAAACAAUCUGCGUUCUCUCUGUUCAGCGCCGCAUCGCGGGCUGCGGGGCGAAACGAAGGCCAGGUCCGCGAUGACGAGCGGAUACGCGCGCAGAUGAUUGUGGACGUGGAAGCAUUCGGCACGGAUGCGGUGUCUUUAGGAGUGAAUCUUGAGCAAAGCAAGGCGUACAAGGCACUCCGUGAGACAGUACAAGCGCCCAUCUCCGAUGAUGCGUGACGUGGUCUGUCGUUGCAAGGCCGGUGGCAUGACCAUCCGGUCUGGAUGGCCGGACUGCGGUCAUAGAGGCUAUCGAAACACUGCAAUCAGCGAGCGCUCCAUACGUAGCAUAACUCGUCACGGUGACGAAUUUCGUAUGCUGGAGGUCGUUUCGAUGGCUCGGACAUGUAUAGAGUGUGACCCUGUUUCGCUUAGCUCUGUUAGCGCUUCUCCUUGGGGCAUUCGC